GUGAACCAUCUCGGCAACUUGACACUCACUUCUCAUUCACUCGCGGACAGCGCUCACCUAGCCAAGAUGGUGAAAAUCAAAAUGAUCUCGAGGUCGCUAGACGACCACCUACCUUCCUCCUCGACGGCCCCGCACCCACUGCAGCGCAACCUCGCGCCACACCUGCACCCGUUCGCCAAGCCGCGCGAGUACACGCGUGCGAUGACUGCCGUCAAGCUGGAGCGCAUGUUCGCCAAGCCGUUCGUCGCCGCGCUUGGCGGACACCAGGACGGUGCCUACGUGCUCGGCAAGGACCCGCGGCGCGUGUCGGUCGUUGCCGCUGGCGGCGGUGACGGCGAGGUGAUCGUGCACUCGCUGUCCAUGCGCCGGCCGCUCCUCAAGAUCCAGGCGCACCAGGGCAUGGUCGGUGGUGUGUGCUGGACCUCCGAGGUGCGCGACGGCAAGCGCGGCGUCAUCACCUGCGGCAAGACGGACGGAACGGUCAAGAUCUGGCGCUCCAAGGCGUUCGCACCCGGCAUGCGCGUGGACGAGGAGGAAGAGGGUGGCGAGCAAACGCUGGAUAUCGCCGGUGCGGUUGGAGAAGAUGCCGACGAGGAGGACGACCUGGCCAUGGACGAGGGCAAGCGCGAUACUGUUGGCCUCAACCUCCAGCCGAGCAUGGUGUACAACUCUAAGGGCGGCUUCAAUGGCAUCGACCACCACCGUACCGACGGUGUGUUCGCCACGGCGUCGAACGUCGUUCAGGUGUGGGACGAGACCCGCUCAAGUCCGUUGUCGACGCUGCAGUUCGGCUCGUCGCUCGAGACGGUCACGAGCGUCAAGUUCAACCAGAGCGAGACCAGCGUGCUGGCAUCGGUCGGCAACGACCGCACAAUGUGUCUCUACGACAUUCGUACCGGCAAGGCCGAGCGCCGUAUCGUCAUGCGCAUGACGUCGAACGCACUGUCGUGGUGCCCCACACUCCCUACGGUCAUGUUGCUUGCGUCCGAGGACCACAACCUGUACACGUACGACCUGCGUAACCUCGAGUCCCCUACACAGAUCUACAAGGGACAUGUGGGUGCCGUGAUGGGCUGCGACUGGAGCCCCACGGGUGAGGAGUUUACCUCUGGAUCCUACGACCGCACGGUCCGCCUGUGGAACCGUGAUGGUGGCAAGUCACGCGACGUGUACCACACGAAGCGUAUGCAGCGUGUUUUCGAUGUCACCUACACGGCCACGGCCGACUUUGUCCUGUCUGCUUCCGACGACGGCAACGUCAGGAUAUGGAAGGCCAAGGCGUCGCAGAAGCUCGGACCCGUGUCCACCAAGGAGCGCCAGGCGAUGGAGUACCGCCAGAAGCUGGUGGAGCAGUGGUCGACAGAGAAACAUGUGCGCUCGAUCAAGGACCAGCGCCAUGUCCCCAAGAGCAUCCACAACGCGACCAACCUCAAGCGCGAGAUGAUCGAGGCGCAAAAGGUCAAGGAGGACCGCCGGCGCAAGCACUCGCGAGCGGGCAAGGAGAAGCCCAAGGCCGAGCGCAAGAGCCAUCAUUGUGGAGCAAAAGUGAGCGAGUUGAACCUGUUGUACCAUUACCAUGCCAUAGACAUCACCAUGUUCGGAGCGAACGCCGGGCACGCCGCGGGCCAGAGGCAAGGCCACAACGACGCCGCCACUCGAGAUCCACUUGCAGCAUGGCCCGGCCCAAAGGAGCGGCGGGCGUCGGAAUACGACGGCCUGGUAUCUGCGUGGCCUGGAACAAGAACAUGGCCAAAGGAGGUGAUGGUUUGUGCGUCUGGCGCCGCCCCCUUUCGCCUCCUCGCCUCCUUGCCUUGUUCGCCCCCGGCAGUGUUUACUUUUCUGUAA